GCAGCCCCCUGAUGAGUUGGACCUGCAGAAAUUGAAUUCUGUGACAGUCCGAGAUGCAGGAGGACUUCCGAACGCCGACAAACUCUCGGAAUCUUGUGCAGGCCAGCCCAUCAUCACCUUAAUUGAUUUGUACUCAGGGUAUGAUCAGUUCCCGCUGUACACAGCGGAUCGACCUAUGACGGCGAUGCAUACGCCUCGGGGACUGCUUCAUAUGUGCGCGGCUCCACAAGGUUGGACAAAUGCCGUGACAAUUGUGCAGAGAUAUAUGAUGAGAAUCAUGCAGCCGCUUUGUCCGGACGUGACUUCUCCAUACAUUGAUGAUUUGGCUAUCCCAAGACCUCGAGUCAAGGACGAGACAGAAGUGCUACCCGACGUUCAAAAGUUCGUGUGGGAACACAUCAGCAAUGUGGAAAAGGUUUUGAGGAAGCAAAACGAAUAUAACCUCACUGCUAGUGGGGUUAAAUCGAAGCAUGAUCCUACCGCUUUGGGAGGGGUUUUGGUCCAAAAGGAUGGGGGAAAACGGGAGCGACCAUUGAGAUUCGAGAGCAGAACUCUGAAUAUAACUGAGCGGAACUACUCCCAGUUCAAGAAGGAAAUUCUCGCUGUGCUUCACUGUCUGCAUAUUUUCAGGAAUUCUGUAUUUCGCAGACGGUUCAUUCUGCGAGUUGAUCCGACGGCUCUAGCUCAAUCAAUGAAGAACUGUUCUCAUUCUGAUCCAACCAUUGCUCGAUGGCUGACGUAUAUUUGGAUGUUCAAUUUUGAGAUUGAGCGCAUUUCAGGCAUUCAGAAUCUAACAGAUGGAUUGAGUCGUGUUGAUUGGGACUCAUCGACGGAUCAGGCUGAGGAUUCAGUUCCUGUCGAUGGAUUCCUCGAAGGAGAAGAGUCACAGUUGAGUAUUAACUCGUACAAUUAUUUGGCGGAUGCAACAGCCCGACAUGAAAAAACCAUCUGGAAUGCUCCUUGUUUCCAUCAUGUGCGAUCAGAGCUCGUGAUUGGGGAGCCGUUCAUUAAGGAAGACCCAUGGGGUGAAAGAACAUCAGAGCAAAUGAUGAACUUGGUUUUAUCUGAUGAAGUCGAGUUCAUCAAAGAGUCGCUGACGAUUGAGUAUGGGCAUGAGCAGACUGAUAAGAAUUUCCGGAUCAUUGGAGAAAUGUCAUUCCUUAUGAAUUCUCUGAUUCACGAGGACCGCCUGAAAAUGAUGAAUGAAGAAGCAGAAGGCAGUGAGAUCAGAGAAGCUUUCAGAGAAGGAGAGUAUGAUGGGGAGUACCGAUUAAUGGGAAUGUGGUUGAAUGGUGAGUUGAGGGAUGAUGAGGUGGAUCCAACUGUUCGCCAGAAGGGCAAGGUUUUUGUUCUUUGCAUAAUGGGGUCGCAGGCGGACAUAGAUCGACGCGAGUCACUUUGAAAAAGAUUCAACAUCUUUAUUUUUGGGAAGGAAUGAACAAGAUGGUGAAUGAAUUCUGUAACUCUUG